AUGUUUCGAAGAUUGCCUGAAUACCUGAAACAAGUUGGUUAUAGGAACCUUACAGAUCCCUAUAACUGUAACUGGCAGUUCGUGAACGGUUCGAAGGAGAAUGUAUUCGAGUCACUUGUUGCCAAUCCUGUCGCUUCAAGAGAGUUCAAUGAUGCUAUGGAAAGCCACUCCAAAUAUAACCUGACGCCUUGGCCUGAAAUCUACCCGACCGGUACCCUCCUUGCUAACUAUAAGCUUGACCGGCCAUUGGUCGUAGAUGUCGGCGGCAGCAAAGGCCAUGACUUGAUCAAGUUCCAUAUCCGCCAUCCUGGUACUCCUGCGGGAAGCUUAGUCCUCCAAGAUCUACCGGGGAUCCUUAGGGAACUCGAUAUUCCGGACACUAUAUCUGUAAAGUCUCACGACUUCUUCACUCCCCAACCAGUCAGAGGCGCUCGAGCUUACUUCAUGCACAAUAUCUUGCACGACUGGGAAGACAAUAAAGCAAGUCAAAUCCUCAAGCACAUCGCUGAUGCAAUGGAGCCUGGCUAUUCAAGACUUCUUAUCCACGAGAGCAUUAUCAACUCCAUCAAGCCCCUCGCACGGGUGACGACGUCCGACAUCACCAUGAUGGCUUGUCUGGGUGCAAAGGAGAGAACAGAGAAUGAGUGGCGCCAGCUGGUUCAGAGUGUUGGGCUGAAUGUACUGAAGAUCUGGGGUCCAUUUGAAUCGAUGGAGGGUAUCAUUGAAACAGAGCUUGCUUAG